UAAAAUUCCACUUAAGGAAAACUAGGCCAAUUCCUAUUGAGUUUCAGAUAUUUCGGCAAAUCUCCGUCCUAAAGCUUCAACAAUGGAGGAUGUGCUGACCGACCUUCCGCCGCCAUCAAGAUUCUUCGAUGAAGACCUCGAUAACUUCGCCACCCCAACCCCUUCACUCCCCUCCCCUUUCCUCCGCCUCAACCCUAAUCGCCCAAAUCUCCGCCCUUCUCUCCUCAUCAUCGCCAUCUCCACCCCCUCUCUCUCCCUCCUCCGCCGCAUCCCGCACAAAACCCUGAUCGGAACCCUAAUCCUCCCAGAAAGCCCGCAUUCCUCCAAAUCCUGCAACAUCUACUUCAUUGAUCGGCCUUCUCCCGCCAUACUUGUCGCUGUUCAUCACAAAGUCUCCGACGAGAGGUCUCGCGCCGUCGCGAAGGUGCUGUUGGGUGAUAUCAUCGGAGAGAGAGUCCUGAUCAUGGAUUCGAUCAAGGCGGAGAAUUACAGGAGUUCGGUGAGGGAUGAAGCUGCGGGUUUCAAGCUGGAGACGUCGUCGGAGAGAGGCGGAGAGGAUCGUUUGGUUCGAGAUUGGGAGUACUUGCCAUCGGGGAGCGUGAUGGGGGGACUUGGAGCGGCGUUGCUCGGGGAGUGUCAGAUGAGGGGUUGGAAGGCGACGAUGUGCGCAACGUGGCCGGAGAAUGGCUGGUCGGUGGCUGCGAAGCUGAGGUAUGUAAUGAGGGAUUUGGGAUUUGAUGUGGAUGGGGAUGAGAGUGGGGACGGCGAUGGAAUCAGGGUUCCUUCUCGCUUCCACUCGGAACUGUAUGUUUGAGGUAUUUGCUUUGUUUGAGCUUUGAAAUUGACUCCUUUUUAGCGGGGUGGAUUUGAUCUUUUGCUUCAAUGAGAAAACCAUUGUGUUGUAUUUCGGUUCAUCUGUUUCAAUCAAAAUUCGUGCUUUUCUCUUCAAUCAAAGAUUCAGAGAAGACGAGCCUUUUGAGUGA